AUGGGACUCUUCCACCGCCAUAAACACAACCAACAACCGCUUGAUCCCCGGGCGCAGAAGGCGCUGCUCGAUCACCAAAAGCAGCUGCCGGCGGCUCCCCAACUACACCCUCACCCGCCACCUCAGUGUCCCGCUCCGACGGCUAAUGGGUUCAAAAACGUCGUCUACUUCGCCAACUGGCUGGUAUACGCUCGCAAACACUUUGCCGCCGACAUCCCCGUGGACCAGGUGUCCCACGUGUUCUAUGCCUUCUGCCACAUUGAUGCUAACACUGGCAAACUCAAAUUUACUGAUGAAUGGUGUGAUUUGCAGCUUCCCAUGGCUGAUCCUCGCGAUCCGCUGAAGAAAGUGGAAGGAAGCAUUGCCCAGCUCCAAGCGCUCAAACAGACCCACCGCCACCUUAAAGCGGUGCUUUCGAUUGGCGGGUGGGCCACCGAGGGUCAAUUCCAGGGGAUGGUGGCGCUGAAGGAUAAGCUCAAGGCGUUUAUCACUCUGUGUGGUGAUUUUAUUAAGAAGUAUAAGUUUGAUGGCAUCGAUGUUGACUGGGAGUACCCUCAGAAACAUGAGAUGGCGCUGUUUGUUGAACUUUUGGCGGGGAUUCGGCGCGAGCUUGAUGGUAUUCGCCCGGGGCUCUCGUUACUGAUUGCCGCUCCCGCAGGCAUGGAUAAGCUUGCCCAGUUCGACUUUCAAGGCAUUGAUCGCUACCUUGACUUUUGGAACGUCAUGUGCUACGACUUUGCUGGUGGCUGGUCAACAAAGACUGGUUAUCACGCUAACCUCUUCGGAGACAAUGGCGAUAACCCCCUCAAUUGUCACGAUGUCAUUGAUUACUACAUCAAGCAUGGCAUCCACCCGUCACGACUCGUGAUGGGGAUGCCCCUUUACGGCCGUAACUUCUUUGGUGCUGCCACCGGUGACAUCGGAGCCCCCUUCACUAAAGAGCGAGGCCCCAACCCUCCUGUGGACCAGGACACCGUCGACUACAAUAAACUCAUUCCUGGCCAACAGAACAUGGACCCCCGCAAAGUCGGUGCUCUGGUGUACGAUCCUAAGGCCCACUUAUUCAUCACCUAUGACGACGUCCAGUGUACUCGGAUCAAAGCUCGCUAUAUCCAGCUGAACGGGCUUGGAGGAGGCAUGUGGUGGGAUCUGGCGGGUGAUACUAAAGAUCCACAAACGCUGUUGGUGCAAACGUUCUUCCGGGAAAUGGGGGGCCAGGAGAAACUCGACCACACCCCCAACUGGCUUGGAUAA